GUAAUUAACUUGAUCUGCAGUUAAAGCCAAAAGAAAUAACCAGCGAGCAGUGGCCCCAGCUCUACCGGUCUACUUCUUCCAUCCUCACCUUGCCAGCCUCUGCCAUGGAGGCCCCCAGGAUCCUGGGCUUGUCACAACUGCUUCUCUUUCUAGGUCUCCCUCUUGCCCACUAUGGCCCUCUGUACCUCCUGGUGGCCCCUCGAGUUCUAUGGGUGGGGAACCCAGAGAACAUCUUGCUGCAGGUGCAUCAGGACCCUGAGCAGCCCCUGGUCGAGCCCCUUAAAGUGCUUCUCGCCGUUUGGGACUUUCCCCUAGAGAGGAAGAUAUUGUAUGACAGGUCGCUCACACUCUCCCAAGACAACAACUAUAUGGCCUUGGUUCCCGUGACGAUCCCUGAAAGCGUAGUCUUCCCUCCACGUCCAGGGAAGCAGUACGUGAUCCUCAAAGCCUCCUCAGAGACCUUCUCUCUGACAAAAACAAUCCUGGUUGCUCCACAUGCUGGCUAUAUCUUCAUCCAGACGGAUAAGACCAUCUAUACCCCUAAGCAGUCAGUUCAAUACAGGGUAUUCACAGUGAACCAUGGAUUAGACCCAGUGAUGAGGCCAUUCACCAUUGACAUUAAGAACCCCCAAGGCAUCUCUGUCAUCAGCCAGAACUUAGGGGAUGAAAGUGGUUUCUUUGUGGGUUCCUUCCAUCUCCCUGAAUUGGUCAGUUUUGGAACUUGGACCAUUGAGGCCCGAUACCAGAGUGGGCCCCAGGAGCCAUACAGUGUGUCCUUUGAUGUGAAGGAAUAUGUGCUCCCAUCCUUUGAGGUCCAGUUGGUCCCCAAUAAGACCUUCUUCUACCUUAAUGACACGACCCUGGGUAUUGAUAUCAAGGCCAGGUAUGUGUUCAAGAAGCCUGUCGAUGGACAUGCUCUGGCCAUUUUUGGGAUAAAACUGGACUCUGACUGGAUCACCAUCCAGGACUCACUGCAGAGAGUGAAGAUCUCUGCAGGCGAGGGACGUGCUUCCCUCAGCAAGGCCACCCUGACUUCCCAGUUCCAGGACCUCAACAAUCUCCUGGGGGUUUCAAUUUUUGUCAAUGUCACUGUAUUCUCCUCUGCGGGUGAAAUGGUCCAGGCUGAAACCUCAGGGGUGAAGAUAGUCCGGAGUCCCUAUAACAUCAGAUUCACCAGAACACCCCAUUAUUUCAAGCCUGGAAUGCCCUUCCACUUUGGGGUCUUGGUCACCAACCCUGAUGGCUCUCCAGCAUCUGGGGUCCACGUGCAAUGUGAAGGCAACAGGGUCCAGACUUCAGCCGAGGGGCUUGGCUCCUUGACCCUUAACACAGCAAUCGACUUGGAGAGCUUAUCCAUUCGAGUGGAAACAAAGGAUGAGCAGCUGCAGCCCCAGGAGCAGGCCUCUGCUGAGCUAACAAUCCAGGCCUAUAAGACUCAGGAAAACUCUGGAAACUUCCUACACAUUGGAGUCAAUAUCCUGGAAACUGAGGUUGGAAAAAGCAUUCAUCUGAGCCUCAAUACAAGGCACAAGAAUGAGGACACCAGAAAGAGAAUCACGCACUUCACCAUCCUGUUGUUGAGCAAAGGACAGAUCAUACAGGUUGAAAGCAAAAGAGCAGAGGGCAUCGUGACAUCUUCCAUGAUCCGUGUGAUCCCAGAGCUACUGCCGUCCUUCCGUAUCCUGGCUUAUUACAUCCUCCCAGGCUCUAGUCCAGAGCUCGUGGCUGACUCCAUCUGGAUUGACGUGAAGGACACAUGCAUGGGCACUCUUCAGAUAGGCCUGAAGGAUUCAGCUAAUGAAGAAGUAUUUGAACCUGGUGACAAAGUGGACCUACAGCUGACUGGUGACCCUCAAGCCCUGGUGGGUCUGGUUGCUGUGGACAAGGCCGUGCAUGCCCUAAAUAGCAAGCAUAAGCUUUCCCAGAAGAAGGUCUGGGAUGUGGUGGAGACUCAAGACAUUGGCUGCACUGCUGGAAGUGGAAGAGACAACCUAGGCGUUUUUACAGAUGCUGGUGUGGACCUCACGACCAAUGUUGGCAUGAGCACAGAGGCUAGUGAAGACUGGCGAUGCUCUCAGAGCUCCUCUUCCUCCUCACGCAAACGCAGGUCCCUGAAGAUUCUGGAAAAGAAGAGACAAAAAGUGAAUGAAUUCAGGAUCGAGCUGGAGAGACGCUGCUGUGAGGCUGGGUUUCGAGAGGGGCCCGUCGGACUCUCUUGUGAGGACCGGGUCCCAUGGGUGCGCCAUGGCCCCGCUUGUAAGGCCGCCUUUUUACAAUGCUGCCAUCAUGGAGCAAAGCUGGACCAGGAGGCCCAAGCAGAGAGGCUGCUGCUGGGGACUGCUGACGAAGAUGAUGACCCAGACAUGUGGUUCUCAGAAGACUUGCCAGUGCGUACAGCCUUCCCUGAGAGCUGGCUCUGGAAAAAGGUCCCCAUGCCCAAUGGCCCUGCCCGGGGCUCCAGUGUCGCAGCUCUGACCAUCCCCGUGACCCUGCCUGAUUCCGUCACCACUUGGCAAAUCAUGGCCGUGAGCCUCCGGAAGGGCAAAGGUGUCUGCAUCUCAGAACCCCUAGAGAUGAUAGUCAGGAAGAUUUUUUUUGUGGACCUGAAGCUGCCCUUCUCUGUGGUCAGGAACGAGCAGGUCCAAAUCCAAGCCGUGCUGUACAACUACAUCAACAAGAAAAAAACAGCCCGGGUUCGUGUAGAGUUUCCCUACAAGAAGGCUCUGUGUAGCAAGUCCAGCAAGACCCAAUCCUUCCUCCAGAGAGUCUCCGUGCCUCCAGACUCCUCGAGGGUGGUGUCAUUCACUGUGCUGCCUGUGGAGCCAGGCAACAUUGAUGUGGAAGUCCAUGUUGAGGGGUCUGGUUUCCAGGACCAAGUGAAGAAGACGCUCUUUGUGCGGGCAGAAGGACAGAUAGAGAGAGUCUCUUACAGCCUACUGCUGGAUCCUAAAGGUCUCACCCAGGAGGAAAGUGUGCAGAGAAGGGUCUUUGAGAACAUGGUGCCUGGCACAGAAGCAGAAGUGUUUGUCAGUGUACAAGGAGACAUUCUUGGUGAGCCCAUCCUUGGAGCUCUAACACCUUCUGAGUUACACAAGUUGCUGAAAGUGCCAACUGGCUGCCCCGAGCAGACCCUGAGCUCUUUGGCCCCUCUGGUCAUCCUAACCCAAUACUUGGAUGCCACGGGGCAGUGGGGACAAGUUGGGGUGGAGCGGAGAAACCAGGUGGUGGAUAACAUUGUGACUGGUUAUGCCCGAAUGUUGGCUCACCGGAAUUCAAAUGGUACCUACCACAUUCACCGUGAAAGCCCUGGGAGCACAUGGCUCACCAGCUACGUAUUCAGGAUCUUUGCUAUGGCCUCCAAUGGUGGAGUGAGCAAGGGUGGAAUAGAUAAAGACAUUCUAUGCAGCAGCGCCAGAUGGCUCAUUACCCAGAGACAGGAAGAGGAUGGGAGCUUUCAGGAAAAAGCGCCAGUGAUUGUUAAGUCUAUGCAGGGUGGUUAUUGGGGUUCCGAGGCCAAAGUUUCUCUGACAGCUUUGGUGUUGAUUGCCCUGAAGGAAGGAGAGAUUCUAUGUAACUCUGAGGAGCUGAAUGUGAGUGCCAGUAUCCAGAGGGCUGGCGCCUUCCUUGAGCAGCAGCUGCCAACCCUGAAAACAGUGUUCAGUGUGGCCAUUGCCUCUUAUGCCCUGGCCCUUGCAGAUAGUCUCCGGGCUAAUGACCGUCUGGACGACUUUGCAUCACCAGAUAAGAGCCACUGGAAGGUGGCAAAUGACAAGAAGUCACUGUAUACGGUGGAGGCCACAGCAUAUGCUCUCCUGCAGAAGCUACACCUUGGCCGGCAUGAAGAUGUACACACCAUCACCAAGUGGCUCAUUGAGAGACGGGAGCUUGGUGGUGGCUUCCAAAGCACCCAGACCACAGUGGUGGCACUUGAGGCCCUCAUCCGCUACCGACAGGCCAUCGCUGUUGCUGGUAUCUCUAACAUCCAGGUCCAGAUCGCUGUCCCUAAGCGGGCAUUCACUGUGGAGUGGAACAUUGACCAGACUAAUGCCUACCAGCUCCGCUCUCAAAAGUUCUCAGCCCAGGAUGACAUCAUCAUCAAAGCUAGUGGCACUGGGAAAGGCACCCUCUCUGUCCUGACCAUCUACCACAAACUCCCAGACAGCCAAAACAGCUCUUGCCACCCUUAUCAUCUGAACGUAACCCUGCAUCCUGAUGAGAGAGGAGAGGGAGAAACCUAUCAUCUGAGGAUCGAGGCAAGGUACAAAGGGCCCCAAGAUGCCACAAUGACCAUCCUGGAGGUGUCACUGUUGACCGGCUUCUCUCCUGAUGAGGGUGACCUAAAGCAGCUUACAAGUAACAUUGAGAUGUAUGCCUUCCAGUAUGAGACCAAGACCAGCUCCAGUAACAGCUCUGUCAUUCUCUACCUGGAAAAGCUCUCCAACCGAAGGAACAUUGUGCUUAGCUUCCGCAUUCACCGGCUGCUUGAGACAGAGCUCUUGCAAGCUGCUUCUGUCACCAUUAUCAACUACUAUGAGCCUGAGGAGAGAUGCAGUGCCUUCUACAAUGUGCCGGGGGACGCUGUGCUCCUGAGAAGAAUCUGCCAUAAAGAUGUGUGCCGGUGCGCUGAAGAGAAGUGCCCCUCCCUAACCAGUAACCACAAUGGCAUCAACCAGAAGGAACUUCAGAUUGCAGCUUGUCAGCCAGGAGUUGACUUUGUCUACAAGGCCCACUUGGUGGAACUGGAGCAGCUUGACACCUAUGUCUACUACACCAUGAAAAUCCUAGAAGUCAUCAAAAGUGGUACAGACACUGGAGUUCUCAACAAAAACAAAAAAUUUGUCUCCCACAUAAUGUGUUUCCAUGCUCUUCAGCUGAAGGCCAAUGAGACAUAUUUAAUCAUGGGCCAGUCAUCAGAUCUGUGGAAGACCAGAGAUGACUACAGCUAUGCCUUAAGCAUGGAUACCUUCAUCAUCAAGUGGCCAGAAAUAUCUGAUGUUGCUCUUCUGGAAUUUCUAAAUGAGCUGGAAAGGUUUUCAGAAUUUCUGAGUGUUCAUGGCUGUGAAUUUUAGCUGGUCUGUGUCCCAUUGUGCCCUCAGAGGAGUGAUGAUAAAGAAUGUGAAUGCCUCCUAUCUCUCAGCAGAGAGCUGGUAGGCUACAGGCACAGAACAUGGCAUACAAUUUCGGACAUGGCUAUUGUAUUCAUUUGUUUUCCUUAAUCUCAUUUUUUAUUUGUUCUAUUUGGGGACAGGGAAUCAUUGGGAAGUGAUGAUGAUAUUUAAAAAGAAAAAAAUAUCAAUAAAAAUGUGAGGAUUUAGAAAACAA